UGAUCCUUGUGACGAACGGGAGGCUAUGGAGUUGACAAAGGAUUUUUCCUCCUGCUCUCUACAUUUCAAUGAUCCAAAGAUUUGUUUUUAAUAUUCGCGCUGCUGACUGGUGGAACGCUACCGUCAGUCCUGUGAUCGGUGACCUUGUGUUUCACCGCUGCCGGCGAUUUGACGUGUUUACUCAUUAUGACGUUAGAUGUAUCACAUAUCGAGUUUGGGCCUCCGACAGUACCAGCCUUUCUAAGUAAAUUACGACUGUUGGUUGAUGAUGAAGAAACGAACGACCUUAUUUACUGGGACCCGGGUGGUACUAGUUUCCAUAUAUGCAAUGGCAAUCGGCUUGCCAAGGAAGUACUCCCUCUCUUUUUCAAGCACAACAAUCUAUCUAGUUUCAUUAGACAGUUAAAUAUGUAUGGAUUUCGGAAGGUCAACCGCGUUGAUCCGUGCUUGACUUUGAAAUCUGAUACGGAAGACAUGGAGUUUAAGCAUCCGUGCUUCCUUCGGCAUAGACCUCACCUUAUUUCAAAAAUACAGCGAAGGCCUACGAGUCACAGCUUCCCGUACUUUAAUAGCCGCUUGUUUAACAAUGCUGGAGUCCCUUCGCUUGUAUCAAACUCUCCACAACUCCCGAGCCAAACAGCUAGUGCUAAUAUAUCCCAGCGCUUGAUCAACUGUGCAGACUUUGUACGUUUGUCAAACGUUGUUCAUCGGUUACGUCAAAAUCAAGAGACAAUGGCCAAACAACUUGCUCUUUUACAGUCCGAAAACCAACUGCUAAUCCACGAGGUCCAGUCUCUGCGUGAGCGACAUGAGCAUCAGUCACAGAUAAUCCAAACUCUUUUUAGCUUUCUAUCAGCGUUUGCGAAAGAUAACCGUUCUCAGAAUUUUCGCAUAACACCAAAAAGGAUGGCAUUGCCUUUCGCUCCCUCUGGCGUUUUCCCCGCCCAGUCACGUACAGGUCUAAAGCUGAACCUUCCGCAGGGCCAUCGAUUGAGUGAUGCGGAUUCCUUUCAAGCAUUUAAAUUGUCACCUUCUGAGGACGUCCUGGAACCCGCUUACAAACUAUACAAACUGGACAAUCAUCUUCCCAUGCUUCCCAAUGCGAUUCCUCAGACCGACCCGAAUCAACCGCUUACCUUUCAAAUUGCAAGUUCGGAUUUUGGUCAACUUUUGAACAACGUGGACGCUUCGUCCAUGUUCCCCAACGGCGCUGCGUUAGGCGAUAGCAGCAGGUCGGCCACGACAUUUUAUUCCCUGGGUGCUUUGGAGAACAACGCGUUGUUAGGCUCCUCGGUGGACGCCACCACCGGUGGUCGUGUACAGAAUCCCAUUAGACUUUUCAUCACAGGUCAACCGAAAGCAUUUAAUACUAACACGACAGACGAUUUGUGCCUUCGACCAGACAUAAAGCCAACCGUUUCUCCAUCGGACCCAACUAUGACCUCAUUGACCCAAGGUUCUAGCUUAUCCAACGCGAUCGCAGUCACUUCACCCAUUGACCUCAUGGGCAUCGCCGCUGGAUCCAGUGGGUCGUCCGAUAGUCAACCCAUUGAUCUCAAUCUCAGUCGUUGUAACACCCCCUUAUCGCUUAUACAACCAGAUUCUGUGGACCUUUGCGAGUUUCUGGCCACUCGCGAGGAAAAUGGAUCGGAGAUCAGCAUUGAUGAUUUAUUUCUGGCCUCUACCGAGUUGGAUGAUCCGAAUUUCAGGUUCACCGCUGGAAUCAAGUCUGACAAGUCCGCACCUUCGCCUGGUGCACAAAGUUCAGCCAGUAGUGAGGCUACCGUCCCAUUGAAAACUGAUUGCGCGAAUGAUGUUCUUUCUCCGCAACUCGAUUCCAUGAAUAAUUCCUCUUCCAACUCUUCAAACGGAGCCCUAUUUGCUUAUCCUCAACAGAUCACCAGUCGAGCAGCUUCAUCACGGUCAACUGGGGAAAACUCCUUCUCCGAACAGUUACCACUUGAUCUGCAUAAAUGUAACACCGACGUGGAUGCAUCGGAGGACCCGAACGAUCUGUUCGGACUUCCUUGGGAAGAGCACGAGAUCACAACGGAUACGGCUAAUGAGAACGAGGAACACAACAACGAAGAUUUAAACUCCUUCAAUAUUGGACUAUUACCGGCCCAAGAUCGUGCCAACUUUCGCAUUAAGAUUUUGCCCAGACAAGAUCGGACGACAUUUAAUAGCACGGGUCGCCAUUCAGCACUAAAUGGUCAUAAUUUUAUUGUCGGCAACGAAAUUAUCCCCGCAGAAGCUGCUGUCCCUUUCGCGAACGUGCCAAGUCCUUUCCAGAUCAUUCAACCUGCGACACUAAUUCCUGCUUCCAUCUUACCUACUCAGUCUGGCAACGCUGGCACCUCUCGGCCGCUCUCCAACUCCCCUCCUGUGAUCUUGAGUGCACGUCAGCUGAGGACACCGUCCACUCUCGUCACGAAGCCCGCCACCGCCGUUUCAUCAACUUCGAAUUUGCUCAUACCAGAUGCACCUAUCGUGUUGCUCACCUCAUCCGCGCAGCCGGUUAACUCGAUUAGGCCGACCAACGCUGCUGUGGCCAACGCUAUUAAGGCACGCCUCAUAUCUCCGAAUCAGCGUCCCACUGUCAAGAGAAAAGAGCGCCCAAGCUACAGACCGAUUGCUCCAUCUAUCAAACCACCAUCACGUUCACAGAUUGCGCCAAGGCGAUGAUGCUGUUUACAUCCAUUCGCAUAUGUAAGAAGACCACAUGCGACUGCGCCAUCCUCAUUUCCCAGCGAUCAUUUUCCCCCCGGUGCUCUCCUGACGGUGAAUCCAGUCUAAUGGGACCUGCUUGUUGCGUGCUUAUUCUGGUUUCGAAGAUCCCUCACAAGAUUUGCUUCUUUCAAGGUUUCGGCAUUUCACUUUACUGUUGCCGGUUGCUAUGUGCCGUCCAAUUUUCCGGAUCUGAUCCUCCUAUUACUUUCAUAGCUCUUCUUAAAUCCAUUGAUGCAAGUUCAUUUUAUUCAGCACAGCUCUUUCCGUCGCUCUUCCACCUUCGUUUCGUCUCCACUCAUCUUUAUUACUAUUAUUUUCUUAUCAAAGGAAGUUUUCCACAGAAACGCGCACUCACGAAUGCACUUCCGUGGUUACUUUGGUUUCUAUUUGGAGUUGCCUUCCUGUUUUUUCCAAUCAUGUUAUGUAGAUAUAUCCCAUCAUCACACAUGUACGCGGGAUCUUGGAGAUUGUGUCACUCUCGUUGAUUUUGGGUAUGGCAGAUUCAAACCAC